UUCAUUGUGCCCAUUAUUCGCCUAGAUAUAACACAACUCUUAUCUGUUUCCAAUAAAUAACGGUUGUUCACACAAUCUUACCAUACCACGUAAAACAGCAGGAUGCAGUUACAUGCUGUAGCGUUUGCCAGUUUUAUCUCCAUAGUGCUUUCUCAAAGUCAUCAUCAUGACAUUGCUUUAGCUGUGGAUAAGACUUUUGAUUUGAUUGAUUUCAACCCCAAGGACGGACACUUACAAUAUCAGGAGCUUAGCAUGGGAUUCGAUUAUAUGGACACUAAUGACGAUGGCGUGCUUUCAUUUGAGGAAUACAUCAAUGUUACAAACUCUGACCCAAUUCAGCGAGACAUCUUCAACCACUAUGAUACAAACAAAGAUGGAGUCCUUCAGAAAACAGAAUAUGUUGACACUCCAUUCAGAGCAAUGGACCACAAUGGGGACAACGUAGUGACAAGACAUGAUUAUGAUCACUUCUACACCAAUAUGAUUCAUCAUAUUCUACAGCAGCAGCACGGACAUAAUGGACGUUAGGGAUCCUGUAAACCUGUACACUAAAUAAACGAUGAAUUAUU